AUGACCCCUCAUUUAGAUUCUACAAACAGCCAAAAUAUCAAUCUUGAUUCUACCGAAGUUGGUAUUUCCAAUUUACCCAAUCAAAGAUAUAAAAUAGUCUCUGAUCAAGGAGGUAUUUUCAAUUUGAUGGUCUGUGGUGAAAGUGGUGUUGGUAAAUCCACAUUUAUAAACACUUUGUUCCAAACCACUUUGGAACCUUUGGAUCCACAUAAAUAUAGAAACGGCCCUAUUAAGAAGACUGUUCAUAUCGAUAUUAUUAGAGCUAUUUUGAAAGAAAAAAAUUUUAAAUUAAGAUUGAAUAUCAUUGAUACUCCAGGGUUUGCUGAUAACAUCAACAACAAUAAAUCAUGGCAGCCAAUCAUUGAAUUUAUUGAUGAACAACAUGAAUCAUAUAUGCGUCAAGAACAACAACCUUUAAGAGAUAUCAAGUUCGAUUUGAGAAUUCAUGCAGUUUUAUAUUUCAUAAGACCUACUGGUCAUUCAUUGAAACCAAUUGAUAUCGAAACCAUGAAAAGAAUCUCCACAAGAGCUAAUUUAAUACCAAUCAUUGCCAAAUCAGAUACUUUAACUAAAAACGAAUUGAUUAAAUUUAAAAAUAGAAUUAGACAAAUCAUUGAAACUCAACAAAUUAGAAUCUUCACCCCCCCAUUAGAAUAUGAUGGUGAUUUAAAUCCAAAACAAAACACUAAUACACCAAAUGAAUUAGGCGAAGAUAAUCAAGAUUCUAAAGCUCCAAACACAAGUGAUGUCAAUGCUGCUGCCAUUGAACAUGCUAGACAAUUGAUUGAAUCAAUGCCAUUUGCUAUUAUCUCAAGUGAAAAUCAAUUCCAAACUGAAGAUGGUAGAAAUAUCAUUGGUAGAAAGUAUCCUUGGGGGGUUGUUGAGGUAGAAAAUGAUGAACAUUGUGAUUUUAGAAAAUUAAGAUCAUUAUUAUUAAGAACUAAUCUAUUAGAUUUGAUUUUAAAUACUGAAGAAUUACAUUAUGAAGCUUAUAGAAAAUUGAAAUUGGAGAAAAAGGAAAAUGGUGAUGAAAAUGGUUCUGAUGAAAUGAGUAAAUAUAAAAGAACUAUUAGCAAUAAUCCUAAAUUUAAAGAAGAAGAAAUUGCUUUAAAGAAAUAUUUCACAGAACAAGUUAAAGCUGAAGAACAAAGAUUUAGACAAUGGGAACAAAAUAUCGUCAAUGAAAGAGUUAGAUUAAACGCCGAUCUAGAAGAUAUUCAAAAGAAAGUUGGAAAAUUAGAAGAUCAAAUUAAAGCUUUACAAUUGAAAAAACGUUAA